UUAACACAUAGCUUGACAUUUUGCCUUUCAAGGGAACUUGGGAAGAGAACUUUUCUGUCGAGUGGAGGUGCUAAUUUGAUAACACUAUUCGCUUCUGAGUAAUGAAACGUUUUCAAGUGAGAAAAGCUUGCAGUGAGGAUACUAUCAUGGUUAGCAGAAUCUGAUUAAUGACGACGACAUCGUUGCCCAACAACUUCCGGGUGCCGGACGCCUACCACGACGCGGUGUUCAACUUUCUGCUAGGCUUCCGUAACGGCACGGUCGACUUCCAGCGCGGCCACCUGCGCCUGUCCACUAGUCGAUUCUGCAACCCACUCGUCUUCGCCUACUGCGCACUCAUCACGGCCGGCCUCAUCUCCGCCCUCGGCCUGCUCCACUGCCUGCUCAAGGCCGACGCCCCCCGCCCCCUCUUCACCUGGCAUUUCGCCAACCUGGCCGUCUGCGACGUCUUCAAGUGCGCCGUUGUCCUGCCCGUCACACUCGUCAACAUACUCUACCACAACUGGCGGCUCGGUCAGAUCGUCUGCUACCUCUUUCCUAUGAUGCAGGAGAUUCCUCUUCAUGUAUCUGGUUGGACCUUCUAUUUCAUUCCUGUCCAACAUUAUCAAUUUUUACAAGACCCAGGAAAAGCCUUGCAGACGCUCAAACCCAAAGUACUGAUUAUAUGGUUGAUUUCCUUUUUAAUGGUUCUACCCUAUGCAUACUACACCUUAUACAUAGAUCUUGGAUCGGUCUUAAAUCAUCAGUUUCAAGGUACUGGAAUAUGUGGUACCACUGGCAAAGGAAAAGUCUACGAGUACCUUCGUGGAAUAUUCGUCAUUCUAUGUUUAUUGCCAUUGAUUUUAUCCUUCAAAAAAUUCAAAAAAGUUGACGAACAGCUCCAAAUCCUUGAGCUGUCAAGAGUAGACACAUCGUACGUUGUCAAAACGCCCAGCUCUACCAAGCAAUCAAGAUGGUUUGAAUGCCUUGAGAGUCUUGAAAGCCCUUCGAAAAUUGUAAUACAGCGAACUUUUCUUGACAUCAGAAAAGAGAGGUUGUCACAUAAAUACUUUGAACUCAUGCUCAUAUCUCACGCCGUAAGCUUGGUACCACUUUUGUGCUUCAGAAUGUACUUGAUAUUCACCGAUCAAACUAGCUUGGAGAAUCACUGGAUCAUCUUUGGCAUCACAACAUGGAUUGCUUUCUUACCCACCUGUACAACAUCCCUGUUGUAUGCAUCCUGGCAGCUGAGCAUCUAGUAAUAAGAAUAAUUGAUAACAGUGAUGUUUUAUCUCGGGCUCACCUUUGUACAGCCGUAUUUUUUCGAUGACAAUAUUGUUUUACCAGUGAAAUUCUGUCUGAAGCUCAAAUCUCUAGCUAAAUGAUACAGUAAAAAAUUAAUUUCCUGGUGAUAACUUCAAAUUACUUCCCACAAUAUGUAAAGAUUUUAGUAAUUUGUAAUGUUUGUAUGCUAAUGAAUUAAAACUGGAAGGGGUGAGCAUUGUGUUUUGUAAUUUGUCUUCUUGACACAUGAAUGAGUCAUGAUGAAAAUUGCUUUUGAUGCUAUGAAUAUGAUUGAAUAAAAUAUUUCUAUUAUUUACAAAAAAAA